AUGUCAUCACUAGCAGCGCCUGGGGCUGAGGACGGAGGAGCCCUUUCUGUUGCCGGUGUUGGCGUAGAGUCCUGGAAUUACUUCGCUCAAGAGCGAGAACUCGAGCAGCGCCAUGAGCAACACUACCGUCGUCCCCAGCACUGCGGGCCCGGGCCCCAGCGGCGGGCCUGGUGGCGGAGGCGGUGGCAGCGGAGGCGGCGGCACCGAGGUAAUCCAGGUGACUAAUGUCUCCCCGAGCGCUAGCUCUGAGCAGAUGCGGACUCUCUUCGGUUUCCUAGGCAAGAUCGACGAACUGCGCCUCUUCCCGCCGGAUGAUUCACCUUUACCAGUCUCAUCUCGGGUCUGCUUUGUUAAGUUCCAUGAUCCAGACUCAGCAGUUGUGGCACAGCAUCUGACAAACACUGUAUUCGUUGACAGAGCUUUGAUAGUCGUACCGUAUGCAGAAGGAGUUAUUCCUGAUGAGACUAAGGCUUUGUCUCUGUUGGCACCAGCUAAUGCAGUGGCAGGUCUUCUGCCUGGUGGUGGACUCCUGCCUACCCCCAACCCACUUACCCAGAUUGGUGCUGUUCCAUUGGCUGCUUUGGGAGCUCCUACUCUUGAUCCUGCCCUUGCUGCACUUGGGCUUCCUGGAGCAAACUUGAACUCUCAGUCUCUUGCCGCAGAUCAGUUGCUGAAGCUUAUGAGUACUGUUGAUCCCAAGUUGAAUCAUGUAGCUGCUGGCCUUGUUUCACCAAGUCUGAAAUCAGAUACCUCUAGUAAAGAAAUAGAGGAAGCUAUGAAAAGAGUACGAGAAGCACAGUCCCUAAUUUCUGCUGCUAUAGAACCAGAUAAGAAAGAAGAAAAAAGAAGGCAUUCAAGAUCAAGAUCACGUUCUAGGAGAAGGAGGACUCCCUCAUCUUCUAGGCACAGGCGAUCAAGAAGCAGAUCCAGGAGGCGAUCACAUUCUAAGUCAAGGAGUAGGCGACGAUCCAAAAGUCCAAGACGGAGAAGAUCUCAUUCCAGAGAGAGAGGUAGAAGGUCAAGGAGCACAUCAAAAACCAGAGACAAAAAGAAAGAAGACAAAGAAAAGAAACGUUCCAAAACACCACCAAAAAGCUAUAGCACAGCCAGACGUUCUAGAAGUGCAAGCAGAGAGAGACGACGACGACGAAGCAGGAGUGGAACAAGAUCUCCUAAAAAGCCUAGGUCUCCUAAAAGAAAAUUGUCUCGCUCUCCAUCCCCUAGGAGACAUAAAAAAGAGAAGAAGAAAGAUAAAGACAAAGAAAGAGGCAGAGAUGAAAGAGAACGAUCAACAAGCAAGAAGAAGAGGAGUAAAGAUAAGGAAAAGGACCGGGAAAGAAAAUCAGAGAGUGAUAAAGAUGUAAAACAGGUUACACGGGAUUAUGAUGAAGAGGAACAGGGGUAUGACAGCGAGAAAGAGAAAAAAGAGGAGAAGAAAACAACAGAAGCAGGUUCCCCUAAAACAAAGGAAUGUUCUUUGGAAAAGGGAACUGGUGAUUCACUAAGAGAAUCCAAAGUGAAUGGGGAUGAUCAUCAUGAAGAAGACAUGGAUAUGAGUGACUGAACAUUGCCUCAGUGGGAAUCCACCUGUAUACAUGCAUCAGUGUCAUUCCUUUGUGUGAUUUUUUAAUGCUGUAUUUGUUCAUCUCAAACCUAGAUGUAUACAGCUCUCAGUUAUAAAUGGUUAUAAAGCUCCUGGUAUUGAUAUUAGUUAUUUACAUCAAAAAGCUUUUAGAAAAUGGUACAUGGGUAACCAGUUUUUCUUGUGGUGAAAUCUGAUUGAGUAACCAAGCAGUUUUACUAUUCUGGUGCUGCUUCAUAACAAAUGAAAAGCUGCAUGCAUCUACAGCAGGCAUGGAUUGUUUAUGUUGUAUGAUCUCCUUUAUUAAGUAAGUUCACUUAUAGUAUUUCUAGAAUUUGAUUCUUUGCCGUAAUAGAGCCAUGUAGGGAAUGCACUGAUUGCAUGUUAUUGUGGCAGGCAAGAAUAUCCUAAAUGUCAUUAAAAUCCUCCAACAACGUGAUGGAUCUACUUAUGGUCUUGUUUGUUGACAUGACAAAUUAACAUUCUUGUAGUUACAUCUGGAAAUGAGCAUUUGAAUUAGAUAAUCUUAUAAGCCUUGUGGCUAAAUUUUUGUGGCUUUUGUUUAACUUUGAAAGGUUAUAUAUGCACUAACCUUUUUUUGAUGGCUAAUUAGGCUUUAAUUACAGAAACAAGGUUUCAAAUAAAACUGUCUUUGGCAGUGAGUAAAAAGCAAGAUAUUUUGAAGUAGAGUUGUAUACUUUUUCGUAAGGCGUUUGGGAAUUUUUUUUCCUGAAAUGAUAAUUUAUUCCACAUUUACAUCAGUGAAAACUAUCUGCCUAUUCUGAGUCCAUCUGUAAAAAAGUUAUCUAUUGUCCUGAUUUUCAAUUUUCCACUCUUGUUUUAAGCUCAAUGUUGGAAAAAGGGGGUAGUGCAUUUUAAAUUGACCUUCAUAUGCUUUUAAAAUAAGACAAAUCUACUUGAUAAUGUACCUUUUAUUUGAUCUCAAGUUGUAUAAAACCAAUAAAUUUGUGUUACUAUUACCGCAGUAGUAAUCUUAUGCACACAGUGAUUCCAUGUUAUAUGCAAAGUAGUUAGGCAACUGUUUUCUUAGUUACAGGAGUUUCAAGCUUCACUUUUGUGCAGUAAAAACAAAAGUAGGCUACAGUCUGUGCCAUGUUGAUGUACAGUUUCUGAAAUUGUUUUACAAGACUUUGAUAAUAAAAACCCUUAAACUUA